UAAAGCUCCAAGAUGGCGGGACCUCAGUGAAUUAAUAUUUUAAUGACAUUUCCAGCCUUCGCGUCUGACCUGGAGAGACUGGGAGUCCUCCUGGGAUCUGUUAUAGGCCCAAAUGGCCUUGAUGUAAUGUACAGUGCUGAUGGUCAUAUUCAUACCACUAACUAUGGCAUAAAGCUACUUCAGUUAUUCCCUUCCAAGCAUCCAAUGUUUUGCAUUCUAUUUGACGCUGCUAGGUCCCUUCACAGUGUGACCGGUGAUGGGGCUAAGCGUUUUGUUAUGAUAAUUGCAGCUGCUCUCCUUCAACUCCAUAAACAUUGUCCAACCGCAGAAUUACUGCAAUAUUCUCGUGGUUUUGGAUAUCUCGGGCGACUCCUUAAUAAGGAUUUGUUGCCACAGCUACUGUCUUUGCGUGGUGGCACUACUCCCUCUGGUGGCUGGGCAUGUGGUGCUCCUCAAGAGGCCAAGUAUGCUCGACACCUUCUGGACACAUGUUUAAUUCCUCAUCAUCAGUGUCAUGUUAGAAACAAACUGAGGGAAUUGCUGAUCGAAGGACUUGGAGAGAAACCAAAUAUCACUUUACUAAAUAAUACAAUUGAUUGUUUCGAGUCUUUAGUUAUGUUAGAAGCAGGUGGUCCUUUAGAUCAAUCUCACGCCAUUUCAGGGUUCAUUUUUAAUGGAGACAACAUAAUAGGGUCAAUACCUUCUUCUACUGAUAUUGUGUCAGCCAUUAUAGUUAAAUGUGGAUUUGAGCCAGUCACUGCCUCAGACACAAACUUACUGGUUUCCACUCCAUCAGAUGUCAGCCGUUAUUCCAACUAUUGGUCUCAUCAUAUUUCAGUCUUGUUACAACAUGUUUACAGCUUUGGUGUUAGACUCAUGAUAGUACGUGGGAAUAUACCACUACUACUGACGGGGACACUCUCUCAGCGCCUGGAGCAACAGCUGUGCAUAUUAGUAAAUGUCUCAGACGAUACACUGAAAGCUAUGGAGAAGGUGACUGGGGUCAUACCUAUAACAGAACUGGAUGAAUUACUGUUUAUUGACAAUGCUAAUAUAAUCAGUGGCACUUGCAAACUGAAAAGGUUCAAUGCUACCAAUUAUAUUAUUAUUAAUGAUAAUGGGACUCCCUCCUCUCCCUUUCCCUCCUGUGUAACGAGUUUCUUCCUCUCCUCUCCCACAAUUGGACUAGCAAGGCAAUUCAAAUUUGCCAUUUGGAACUGUCUCUUGGCUUUAAGGAACUCCCUCAUCAGUGACAAGGAGAUACAGUUUGUCUACGGAGGCGGUUCAUGGGAAAUUGCUUUAAUUAGAAUAUUAAAAACGUAUAAGGAAAACAAGUUGAUAAAAGGGUCUCCAGACUGGAACUGUUUCUCAUCACUAGAAGCUGGUCUAUUGUCUGUCGUUUCAUCUCUCGUUAGUGUAAAACCUCACCAAAGAGCCACUUUUUAUCAGUCUGUAUAUGACAGUUCCGAUCAGCUAACAGUCAAUGCUGCUACUGGUAGUUUGGUUACUCUCCCAGAUCAGACUCACGAUGUUAUUGAGUCUUAUAAUAACAUUCAGUAUAUCAUGUCUAGUGUAUGUCACACACUCUCUCAGUUGUUGAGGAUUGAUGCUGUACAUCCUGUUAGCAAGAGACUGCCUCCUCCUCUACUUGAGAAGGACAAAACUCCUGAAAAUGAAGAGACGGAUUGAAAUUAUUUUAAAAGAUAUUUUGAAUUUACCGCGGUUCACGCACUUA